AUGACCAGAAUGCUGACCGUCCUGGCCCCACAGACCCCUUCGCCGAAGCCGACGAAGAUACCGGAGAGACAAAACAGUCUCAAAAUUAUAUCCAUAUACGGAUCCAACGUACGUCGCUGCCUCCUUUUCGAUCGACAUCUCCAACCGGGCAAAUGCUGCACGAGCCGACUCGAAGCGCGCCGUGCGCGUAGCCCCAACAACGCACCCGAAAACCGAACCAACGCUAACAUUUUGCCUGUAGAGCGCAAUGGACGAAAGACUCUGACCACCGUUCAGGGUCUUCCAAAGAAAUUUGACCAGAAGAAAAUUCUCAAGGUCAUCAAGAAGCAGUUCGCUUGCAAUGGCACCAUCGUAGCUGACAGCGAGAUGGGCGAGGUCAUCCAGCUCCAGGGUGACCAGCGCAAGGUCGUGCAAGAGUUCCUCAUCAAUAAGAAAGAGGGUCUCGGACUGGAUUCCAAGGGCAUCAAGGUCCACGGUUUCUAA